UAAAAGACGAUAAUUUAGGCGAGAAGAGAUUCUAUAUAGUAUAUCAAAAACAGUUACUUAGCUAGUAGCUACUCACUUUCUCUUCGCUUGAGCUGUGAAAAAAAAUAAUGUAUUCGUGCAUUCCUCACCAACUUUUUCUUCAGUUGCAUUCGCCGAGUUCCCGAAACCCAAAGGUUUUCCCCUCAUGUGUUCCUUCUUCUCUGCGGAAUUUGAGGAUCUGCACUGUUUCAAUGAGUAAGGCUUCAAGUUACAUACCAGCUGCUCCAAUUUUUCUUCCUGAAGGACCUUGGAAGGAGAUUCCAGGAGGAGUUACUGCUGCAGAGGGAUUUAAAGCUGCCGGAAUGUAUGGAGGAUUACGUGCCAAAGGAGAAAAGCCCGACCUUUCACUUGUUAUGUGUGACGUUGAUGCUAUAUCUGCAGGGUCAUUUACAACAAAUGUGGUUGCUGCUGCACCAGUAUUAUACUGCAAAAAGAUGUUAGAUAUUUCAAAAACUGCACGGGCUGUAAUAACUAAUGCAGGCCAAGCAAAUGCAGCUACGGGUGAAGCAGGUUAUCAGGACAUGUUAGAAUGUGUGGAAAGCCUUGCCAAGCUUCUAAAAGUGAAACCAGAAGAAGUAUUAGUUGAAUCUACUGGUGUAAUUGGUCAAAGAAUAAAGAAGGGGGAAUUUUUAAGCUCACUUCCCACAUUAGUGGGUUCACUUUCAUCUUCAGUUGAAGGGGCAGAUGCUGCAGCAGUGGCAAUCACAACAACGGACCUUGUUAGCAAAAGCGUGGCAAUUGAGACUAUGGUUGGAGGGACUAAGGUAAGGGUUGGGGGAAUGGCAAAAGGCUCUGGGAUGAUCCAUCCAAAUAUGGCUACCAUGCUCGGGGUAAUAACAACUGAUGCCCGGGUAACCAGCGAUGUUUGGAGAAAGAUGGUGCAGGUUGCUGUGAACCGAAGUUUCAACCAGAUAACUGUAGAUGGAGAUACUAGUACUAAUGACACUAUUAUUGCUUUGGCUAGUGGGUUAUCUGGGUUGGGCUGUAUUUCUUCACUGGACAGUGAUGAGGCUACUCAACUUCAGGCAUGCCUAGAUGCGGUAAUGCAAGGUCUUGCCAAAUCAAUAGCUUGGGAUGGAGAGGGGGCAACAUGCCUCAUUGAGGUCAAUGUAGUGGGUGCAGAUAGUGAGGGUGAAGCUGCAAAAGUUGCUCGUUCUGUUGCAGCAUCUUCACUUGUAAAGGCUGCUGUGUAUGGCAGAGACCCUAAUUGGGGACGCAUUGCUGCUGCAGCUGGUUAUUCUGGGGUCUCUUUCCACCAGAAUAAACUUAGGGUGGAGUUGGGGGAUAUUUUGCUGAUGGUUGGUGGGGAACCACAAUCAUUUGAUCGGGUUGCUGCUAGUAAUUAUCUAAAAAGGGCUGGGGAGACUCAUGGUACUGUUAGAAUUAACAUAUCAAUUGGCAAUGGACUAGGACAUGGACAAGCAUGGGGAUGUGAUUUGAGCUAUGAUUAUGUAAAAAUUAAUGCAGAAUACACAACAUGACCCAAUGAAAAUCGCCAAACCUAGAUUGGCCAAAGUUUGAUUGCGCAUUGCUAAGAAGACCGAACUAGCAGUAUGUACUUGAAAUGCACAUGAUCGCACCAGAAAUGCUUUCAAUAUUUUCGAACAACUAAUAUCUAGUGGUGGCAAACAGACCAACCGUCACUUGUCAACAGAAAAAGGGGUUGGGAGAGACCGGGUAACCGAUUUUGGUAAUAUGAAAAUAAACAAGAAAUAAAAACUCAACAACUAUGUUACUAUUAGUCUUGCAGCAAUGUAAACCACAACUAGUAGAUAAAAAAAUAUAACAAUGUUCCACUUUCAAUAUUCACUUAUUUAUUCAUUCA